AUGUUCGGUGGUGAUUUCGUCAUAAAGCAAAGUAAAUUAUUACUUUUUAUUACAUUUUUAUACUUAAAAGACUGUGGCCAUGCUAAUGAGGACUUGAUCUUUGAUUUGGACCUGGACUUAAUAUCAGACAUCAUCAAUAUAAUUGAGGAUAUAAUUAAUCUAUAUACUUAUGAAAAUUCGGAUCUCAAAAGUGCAAAAAUAUAUAUAACAGAUUUGCAGCUGGUAAUAAGAUAUGAUGAUGUACAUCUCAAUUAUACUCAACUCAUAAACAAAUAUGGUUUAUUGGAUGUGCCGCCACACGAAGAAGAUAUUGUGCCAUCUAUAGUCGCCGAAUCGAAUGGUUAUCUGUAUCAUAAAUUGCAAUACCAAGAAAAUGGCUGGAUUAGCCUUGAAAACAAAAUUGCCUAUCUCCUCGCAUCUAAAGGAUGCGAGGCCUGGAUAAGCAAUUCACUUAAGCAGCAAAUAUUCAGCAAUAAAGCUCAAUUGUCUUCCACAAAUUCCUUGCUUUGGAACUUGAGCUUGAACGACAUGCCGAAAGUACGCGUCAGGACAACUGAAAAGGCUUCCUGGUCUUCUGAUAGCCUAAAUAAAGCUAUACGGCUCAUUGAUGGCGGUUCUUCUAUAAGGAAUGCUGCUAAAGUAAUGGGAAUCCCUUUUUCAAGCCUUCAGAAGAGGAUAAAAAAAGGUUCUACCUUAGCACCACAUCUAGGACGAUUCACUGUCUUUAGUCGUGAGCAAGAAGCCGAGCUAGCGAACUUGGUGAAGAAAAUGGCAAAUAUUUUUUAUGAAGAAGAUUUUCUCGCUGCAGAAACUCUCCAAUCUGAAACCGUUGUAAUCGAAGACUGCAAUGAAUCUCUCGCAGCUGCCUGUAUGAUUCCCAGUACAUCAAAAGAAGACUCACCAGUUCCGAGCACGUCAACACAAAUUGUUUCACUAGAUCUUAUGAUGUCUAACCAAAAAGUCCCACUUGAUUCUGAAUCAGAUGUUGUACCACAAGUUCCUGGCACGCCUAAUCAAUCUAGUGUAUUGCAUGAUUUAAUAAAAAUGCCCGAGAAAGCAUCUGUUAUUAAAACAAGACAGGGCCGAAAGAAGCAACACGCUACAAUUUUAACUUCAACGCCACAAAAAGAGAAUCUGUUAGAAAAGGAAAUUAAUAAAAUGAAGAAAAAAGGAGGUAAAGAAAAAGAAAACACAUGGAAAGGUAAAGGACGAGGAAAAAAGACUAAAGUACAGAAGAAGGGUCCUGAAAAGGCAAAGCGCCAAGUAUUACAAGAACAGAACGAAACUUCUGUAUCAGAUGUUGGCACUGACGACUUAUGCCAGGACGAUGAGGAUGAUGACGCAGAAGAUGCUGGGAACAGAUGCCUAGUAUGCGACGAAUUCGGAAGAAACAACGAGAUGUGGUACAGGUGUACCUCGUGUGGACUAUGGGCUCACGCGGAGUGCACUGGAUGGGAGUCAGCUAAAGGUUAUGUUUGCGACGUAUGCUAG